GAAAAAAAGCUUAUAAGAAACCCCCCAAUUUCUCCCUCGUGACAAACGCAAUUUGCAGAGCCACAAAAGCAAAAAAAAGAAAAAACCCUACUUUUCAUAUUCUCAUACAAGAAGAAUCUGGAGACCAGAGGAGGUGAAGAAGCAAGGACAUCGUCGGUUCGAUCUUCUGUUUGUUUUGUGGGAAAUCCGUUGUGCUUCAAAGUGGGUUUUUAUUCGCUGUCGGUUGACGAUGUCGAGUUCCGUGGAGUUGUCGGAGUUCUGUGGUCGGAGGUUGCCGGAGAAGUCGAGCUUCUCGCAUAAGUUUAGUCGAUUGAGUCGGUAUCUGAAGGAGAACGGUACCUUCGGAGAUCUGAGUUUGGAGAUGACAUGCAAACCCGAUGUCAACGGAGGUUCUGUUAUGUCACGGCAACCCACCACGAUGAAUCUGUUCCCGUGUGAAGCUCCGAGCAAGGAUUCGGUGGCGGCCCAAGACAUCAAAACGAAGAGUUUGUUUCCUCGGCAGCCGAGUUUUUCCUCUUCCUCCUCCUCUGCCCCCAAGGAAGAUGUCUGUAAGAUCACAGAUUCUCAAUCUGUGAUGCCGGAGUCUCAGACCGCUCAAAUGACGAUAUUCUAUGGCGGGCAAGUGAUGGUGUUCAAUGAUUUUUCGGCUGAGAAAGCCAAGGAGGUCAUGAAAUUGGCGGGCAGCGGCAAGAGCCACAUGGGUUUCAAGAAUCAAACCGAGACUAUGAGCGCCGGUCAUCAUUGCCCGAAUCCAGUCCCUAAUACCGGAAAUAGCUUAACACAAGAACCAUGUCAACCUUUCGCAACCCAAAUUGGCUGUGAACUUCCAAUUGCUAGAAGAGCUUCGCUCCAUCGGUUCCUGGAGAAGAGAAAAGAUAGGAUCACAUCAAAGGCACCUUACCAAGUAGGCGGUCCGGACGAACCUUUCGACAAGCCUUCGACCGAAGACAAGCCCUCCUGGCUCAGUUUCGCGGCUCCGAAACCUCGAUAAUUGUUAAAACUCAAGCGUCAGGCAUGAAUCUGUCUUAAAUCACUCGUUUUGUCUGCUCAAUUCAUCGCAGAACUCAUACAUAAGCCUGUCUGUAUGUAUGUAUGUAGUUUCAGUUCUCAGGUCUACAUCGUUAGAUAUGUCUAACCUCUCUUUGGAUCUCAAUAUUAGCUUUUUAUGUAACUAAAUUUUGAACGAAUCGACGCUUUAAUUUCAUCGCCCAUAUGUAUUUGUCUCGCCUUAAUUUCAGGUUUUUUUUUACUGUUUUU